AUGCCAAGUCUUCUCAAUGGUCCAGAUACAGACACGAUCUGCUUCCAGGAGAUCAAUCGAGUCCUUGAGGCAGCCGGCUACAACGAGCACGAUGACGCACAGGUCAGCCGCCGACCAGUCGUCUUCAUGGGGAAUGCUAUUGCAGGCACGGGAGAUGUUCUGCCAUUCAUGCGUAUCAUUACGGAGUUACCGCAACAUCUAGAAGCAGAGUACCACAUUCUCCUACUCUGCACUCGGAACAUGCAGUGGUUGGUGACGGAAGUGCAAGACCAGCUCCAAGCCAUGGACUCAAACAUCACGGACAGCAUCACGUUCUACUCCAGCUUGGAAACCUGGGUUCGUGCUUUGGAAGAAGCCUCUAUGAUCGAUGCAGUCGUGGUAAAUCAGGCCGACAAGUGGGCGCGACCUGAGGAGGACGACGGUCAUCCACUGCUGUGGACGAGGAUGAUCGACGCCGUCGUGCUUGGAGGCUCUGCGCUCCUGCAGAUGGAAUUCAUGUGGCUGAACACGCGCAAGACGGAUUUCUUCGAGUUGGAGAAGGUUUGCCGCGGGAGAUUUCCGAGGCUGAGUUUGCAGUGCUAUCCUGCUUGGUUGUUGGCUGAUGAGGAGAGAGAUAGGACUGCUGGAGUGUUGUGUGGUGCGGUCGAGCCGUUCAUCCCUUCUGCUGCGAAUAUGGGGCAGCCAGGUCUUGAGGAGUUCUUCCGGGCACAGCAAGGGCAGGGGAGGAAGGUAGUCAUGCUUGCGAGAGGCGGACGUGCCUCGCCUGCCCGGUUUGCUUUCGAUGCCGUCGGGAUAGUCGACGGCCCUCCGGAUGUCGUCAAAGACCUGCUUACGUUACCAGACAUUGCAGUACUGCUCCUGGGCGGAGUGAAAUCGGAGUUUGAGCAGUUGGCGCCGAGGCUUUUCACGGUGCCUUAUUUGAAGGUAGACUUUCGUCAGAUCUUUGCUCGUGUAGAUGUCGUCGUGCAUCAUGGAGGUACAGGAACGACAUUCACGGCCCUCAAGUGUGGAACGCCGCAGAUCAUCGUGUGUAACAAAGGAGACUGUCCUGAUCAGGAGACCCAGGCAAGGAAAGUCUCUGAGCUCCUAUGUGGCCGCUUUUUGCAGUCGAGAGAGAGCCUGAGCGAUGCUAGUACCGACGUUGUUGAUGCCGUGGAGGAUGCUGUUCUUAAUCACCGCCGGUAUAAGGUCUGGUGCGACAAAGCUCAAGCCAAGAUGGUGACGGAGGAGAUCUUACGACCUUCUCUUGUUGUCAGAGCUCUGCAGAGGUUGACAGCUGGUGUUGUUUCCUUGAAGGAGGCUGGAAAAUGGGAAGGAUGGACGCAAGAAGUGAUAGCCAAGGACAAUGAGUAUGCAGAUGCGAUGGAGAAGAUGAAGGCUCAACAGGACGCGAGGGACAAGAUCGGGCUCAAGACGCAAUCGAACGGCUAG